AUGACUUCAACUUGUGACGAGAGCAACGCCAUUAAAAUUUCCGAAAAUGGCGAAGACUCCUUAUUCUUUGAGAGCGGUGGCCGCAGGAUCUCUCCGUGGCAAGAUAUCCCCUUGUUCGUCAAUCCGGAUUCUGAUGUGGUGAACAUGAUCGUCGAGAUCCCCCGUCAAAGCAAAGUAAAGAUGGAGAUAUCUAAAGAAACUUAUUACAAUCCGAUCAAACCGGAUUCUGUUAAGGGACAAUCAAGGCAACUAUCAGAUAUUGCUCCCUUUCGCGGAUACCCUUGCAAUUAUGGAGCUAUCUCGCAAACGUGGGAAAGUCCAAAUGAGAUUGAUGAUCAGACGGGCAUUAGUGGGGAUGACGAUCCCUUGGAUGUUUGUGAGAUUGGAAACGUUGUUGCUUUUUGUGGCCAAAUCAGAAAGGUCAAGCCUCUGGGCGCUUUCGUUGUGCUCGACGAAGGACAAACGGAUUGGAAGAUUGUCGCCAUUGGAAUUGAUGAUCCCCUUGCAACCAAGCUAUCCGAUAUCGACGACGUGGAAAGGUUUUUACCAGGGUUUCUGCAGGCCUUAAAAGGCUGGCACUGUCGAUACAAAGUCCCAGAGGGUAAAGACGAGAACACAGUCGCACUGGGAGGGAGGCUGAUGAACAAGCAGUGA